AUGGGGAUAAAGGGUUUGAUGAAGUUUUUAGCGGAUAAUGCGCCCUCAGCACUGCAUGUAGAGGCGAGAGCUUCUCUCUUAGGCCGAGUGGUUGCAGUAGAUGCUUCUCUUGCUUUAUAUCAGUUCUUAACAGCAGUCAGAGACGCACAAACACUAGGAAACCUUACUGAUGAAGCUGGCAACAUCACCAGCCACCUCGCAGGCAUGCUCGCUAGGGUCACACGCAUGCUGGAGCAAGGCAUUAGACCGGUGUAUGUGUUUGACGGCGUGCCGCCGGAAGAGAAGUCUGAAGAGUUGAAGAGGAGACAAGAAAGAAGAGAAGAAGCAGAAGCACUUGCUGCAGCAGCAAGAGAAGCUGGAGAUACAGCAGAGCUACGUAAACAGCUUACGCGUACAGUGCGAGUUACGAAGCAGCAAAAUGAAGAUGUUAAACGUCUGCUGACGCUGUUAGGUGUACCUGUUGUCUCUGCACCCGCUGAGGCUGAAGCUCAAUGUGCUGCUUUAGCAAAGGCGAAUAAGGUGUGGGGUGCAGCAACAGAAGAUGCAGAUGCAUUAACAUUUGGCGCCCCUAUAGUAAUACGUAAUCUUACAUUUAGCGACAGCAGCAGCAGCAACAGCAGCAGCAGCAGCAGCAGCAGCAGCAGCAAUGGGGGAAGUGCAGCAGGAGCAGCAGCAGCAGGGAAGGGUCAUCCAGUGGUGUCUAUACACCUGAAUAAAGUACUUGAAGAGUUAAAAUUAACGAUGCCUCAAUUUAUAGACUUUUGUAUCCUAUGCGGCUGCGAUUACUGCGGUACGAUAAAAGGUAUAGGACCGAAGACAGCGUAUAAUUUGCUGCUGCAGCACAACUCAAUUGAAGGGGUGCUGCAGCACAUUGAUAAAGAUAAACACUCUAUCCCCGACCCCUUCCCGUUUGAGAGUGCUCGGAAAUGCUUCACAAGCCCUCUCGUCGCAGACACUGAAAAUAUUAAUAUCAAGUGGGCGCCUGUAGACGAACAAGGUCUUAAAGACUUUCUCGUUCAUGCAUAG